GCAUUGCCUUGCGUUGGUUCUUGGGGUCGCUUUCUGGGCUAAGCGACUCGGUCAGCAUCAGUGUUCUCGGGGUUUCGACAGCGUAUAGUGUGUUUGAAACGCUAAGUGCUUUUCUCCAGUUUUCUUCCCUUCUAAGCCAAUAACAAACAAAAAAACACAAACACCAUGGACGCCAUCAAGAAGAAGAUGCAAGCGAUGAAGCUUGAGAAGGAUAAUGCCAUUGACAAGGCAGAUACCUGCGAGAAUCAAGCGAAGGAUGCCAACUCCCGCGCCGACAAACUCAAUGAGGAAGUGCGCGAUCUGGAGAAGAAAUUCGUUCAGGUUGAGGUUGAUUUGGUCACCGCCAAGGAGCAGCUGGAGAAGGCCAACGCCGAGCUGGAGGAGAAGGAGAAACUGUUGACCGCCACCGAGUCUGAGGUUGCCACCCAGAACCGUAAGGUGCAACAGAUUGAGGAGGAUCUGGAAAAGUCUGAGGAACGCUCGACCACCGCUCAACAGAAGCUGCUGGAGGCCACACAGUCGGCCGAUGAGAACAACCGUAUGUGCAAGGUGUUGGAGAACCGCUCCCAGCAGGAUGAGGAGCGCAUGGACCAGCUGACCAACCAGCUGAAGGAGGCCCGCAUGCUCGCUGAGGAUGCCGACACCAAGUCCGAUGAGGUAUCCCGCAAGCUGGCCUUCGUUGAGGAUGAGCUUGAGGUUGCUGAGGAUCGUGUCCGUUCCGGCGAGGCCAAGAUCAUGGAGCUCGAGGAAGAGUUGAAGGUUGUCGGCAACUCUCUGAAAUCUCUGGAAGUGUCCGAGGAGAAGGCCAACCAGCGCGUGGAGGAAUUCAAGCGUGAGAUGAAGACCCUGGCCAUCAAGUUGAAGGAGGCCGAACAGCGCGCCGAGCACGCCGAGAAGCAAGUGAAGCGCCUGCAGAAGGAGGUGGACAGGCUAGAAGACGAGUUGGGCAUCAACAAGGACAGGUACAAGUCUCUGGCCGACGAGAUGGACUCCACAUUCGCCGAGUUGGCUGGAUACUAAGGGACAGGACCCACACCUGGACCCUAAAACCCACAACGAGGAGGAACAUCAACACCAACAACAACAACAACACCAACAACGGAGCAGGAACAAGAGAGGAAGGAACUCUACUAAAAUUAAACGAAUAUCUCAAAAUGAUUUUGAAAACAACAACAUCAACAAGAACAACAUCAAACCAGCAGGAUACCAAGAACAACAUCCAUUGUGUAUUAAAUUCUUUAUAUAAAUCUAUAUAUUUCUUAAUAAAUAAAUAACAACCACAACAA